UUAUCCGCAGAGUAUUUCACUAGAGGAGAUGUAUUCUGCUAUAGCUGAAAGAUUUCGAUUUUUAGUGAACAUAUCCUUUCGCGAGUCCUACAUGAUCCAUGGGAGCAAUGCGUUAAAAGUUCAUGACGUCUGACAGUUAGACAACAAACACAAGAAAUAACAUCUGAAACGUACAAUGAAUGAUUACAAAAUACCAAUAAUCGAGCCGACUAUCGAUUGUACAAAGGUUCCACCAAUUAAUCAAAAAAGGACAAUUUCUUUCAUUAAUCAUUUCAUUGUGCAUACUGUAACAUUUCUUAACAAAUUUACUCUAUCAUGCGAAGAAAGAUUAUUGGAAUUUGAAUACAAGUUACAGAGGAUAGAGGCUUCACUAGAAAUUUUAGAGUCUUGGUUAUCAUCUGUUCCUGUCUUGGAACAAGAUCAAAGUACAAAAAGUAUUAUAAAAAAUAAAGAUAGUAAAGAGGAGGAAGAAAGUACGCCUAAAAUAGAUGAACCUGAUAAUAGUAAAGCAGAUGAGCCUGAAGAUACACAGGCUGAAAAGCAACCAGUGAACAAAGAUCCACGCUAUGAAAAAUAUUUAAAGAUGGUACACUUUGGUGUGCCAAAAGAAGCUGUCAAAUUAAAGAUGGAACAAGAAGGAUUGGAUUCAUCUAUUUUAGAUGAUUCCCAGCAAACAGCUUCUAAGGUGAAAUCUACAGAUAAUGGUAAGAACAAAGGAGAUUAAAUACUUAACUAUAUUCAUCUGUUGAACACGUGAAAUAUUUUUACGUUAUAAAACAUAGUUAAUAAAAUAAACAACUAUACAAAUUCCAGAA